GACGUGAGGGUGUCCGCGCAGCAGCCCUGCCCCUGACUCUUCAAAAUGUCCGACGCUGUCAACAAAAACAAUCCGGCCUUGAAAUACAACUCUCUCGCCGACUAACAGCGACCACUUCGAAACAAGUCGAGAAGUAAAUAUUACUGUGCGCGGAACAGAUCUCCGUGGUGAUAGGAUGGCCUGAAGGAAAGGCGAAGUCUCCUGUACAAGUCAGCGCUCGCCAAUUCCCCGUCGAUGCUCGCAGUCCCCCUUUAGGAAUUAGAGGUACGGGUGGAGCACUCCUCGGAGGAAAAGCACGGAAGAGAAGGCUCGGCGUUUUGCUGAGUAACAGCUGGUGUGCGAGGGGCGGGGAGUGUGUCUAUAUAAGACCGGCACGCAGCAUUCGCUUACCCAUCGCCUUGAGUAGCGAGAAGAGGAAACUUUCGACAUUGUGUAUCAGUUUCUUGCUGCGACAUCCGACACAAAAGUAGCGAGUCUAUUCUCUCUCUCUGCCGCUAGUCUGUCGCACGCCGCCCCAUCGAUUUCCGAGCCAUGGCUUUUAACGUGAAGGCUUACCUGCUGGGGAAAGAUGAAGUAAACCGGGAGAUCCGCCGCUUCACCGUCGACCAUGAUGUCUCCACCAGCUUCGAGUAUCUCUACAAGAAGGUGGCCGGCAUCUUCCAGUCUCUCCGCUCCGAGAACUUUCAGAUGUAUUACAAAGAUGAGGAUGGAGACAUGAUUGCAUUCUCCAGUGAUGAGGAGCUCAUGAUGGCUUUGUCCUUCCUUAAGGAGGGGACCUUUUACAUCUACAUCAAAGAAAAGAAGGAGUGCAAACAUGGCCAGGAUAAAGGAGCUGGGGCGAUUCACCCAAACAUUGUCUGCGAUGCCUGCAAUGGCCCUGUGAUUGGACCUCGCUACAAGUGCACUGUCUGCCCUGACUAUGAUCUGUGUGGUGGCUGCAAGGGGAAAGGGUUCCACAAUGAACAUGAGAUGCUGCUCCUGCAGACCCCUCAAUUCUUCUUUCCAUUCGAGCGGUUUCCCCGAGGGAUGUGGCACCACAAGAGAAAUGGAGGUCUGUGUCACUGGGCCAUGGCACAACAAGAAUCCUUUGCUCAGGCUGCAGCUUGCGCUGGGAGACAGCAGUCAGCAGCUGCGAAGACUACUCCAACUGAACAAGGUUCUGGGAGUCAGAAACAGGAUAAGAAUGUGGCCUAUCUGAAGAAUGUGGGACGAAAUGUAGCUGCAAUGCUCAGCCCUUUGGGUAUUGAUGUUGAUAUUGAUGUGGAGCACAGGGGUCAACGCUUUAAAGCUACUGAGUGUCCAAUGGAGAGUCAGCCCAGCUCUGCAGGUAACAGUGUGCAUUCUGGUCCACCAUCUGCUGACAAGACCAAGACCAGAACAACUCCCAACUCCAAUCAGGAGCAGAAUGAGACUGCGUUCAUGGAUGUGAACCAGACUGCCACAAAUCAGGGUUCCUUUGAGACUUUCACCCCUAACCAUGUACAGUCCAAGACACCCAGUGUUGACAGUAAUAUUGAUGAGGAAUGGACUCAUUUGUCAGACAAAGGGGUCGAUCCAUCAACUGGUGAACUGCAGUCACUGGAGCAACUUCGUUUGCAGGAUAAUGAGGAAGGGCAGCCCUUAAUCCAGCAACAAGUUUUAACUUCCUAUGACGUGGGACCUACUGGAUUGAGAGAAGCAGCUCUGUACCCUCAUCUUCCACAGGAUGCAGAACCACGCCUGAUAGAAGCCCUUUCACAAAUGCUGUCCAUGGGAUUUCAUGAUGAGGGAGGUUGGUUGACUCGGCUCUUGCAGACCAAGCAGUGUGACAUUGGAGCAGCGCUGGAUGCUAUGCAACCUGCAAAGGGACCAGUUCGCCAAUAAAUCACUUUGAAGCAGAAAAAAAAAUCAAUGAGCAACAUUUUUUCUCUUUACAAUGUUAUUGGAUUGCUGCUUUUCUCAAUGAAUUAUUAUCCCAUUUAAUUGCACCUUCUGUACAAUUCUACUUUUAGAAUGCUUUAUAAUGGCUGAGUAGGUUCUUGGUGGGCACUAUUUUAUUUCACACCUAUAUUUUUCCAGGAUUGGGGAAGAAUUCCAGCAACUUAGUUUUGGAGUUCAUUUUUUUUUUUGUUAAGUUACUUUUAGCCCCCUGAAAUAUAUAAAGUCCUCCACACAUGAAUUAAACUUGGAGUAUGGGCUACUUCACUGCAUUUUUUUUAAUAUACUGUAUUUGUGUUUGAUCACAGACUGGGUCCAUUUCUCUCUUUGAACUUGGGGAUGUAUGCAAUAGAAGCAACAUACUUUGACGAAUUGAUGAAAGUUGCUAUUAAUGGUGUCAAUGAUAGUUUAGGAUGUAAAUAAAAGAUUGUCAAUCAGUCAUAGGUACAACAGCUGAAUUUAUUUUUGAGAAAACACAAAACAUUGAUACUUGUGAAUGUGUAGUUGGGACCAAAAAAUAUUCUAGUGAUCAUGGAGGAUGAUGAGAAUGGAAAGUUAAUUGAUUCAUUAAUAACUUCAAAAGUACUUCCUAGAAAACUAUAUGGCCACAGUUUACUGAGUUUUUCCCAUUACAGCAUCAUACUUGCUGUGGUGAGUGUAAUGUGAUGAAACACAAUUGGCUACAAUAUCAACAAGAUAUGACACUGCAGUCUCAAUAGGGACUGAACACCCAGAUGUUAAAAGGGGGUAACCACAAAACAUGGCUCCAUCGCAACUGCCAUAAAUUCAACCGGUUCCGGGCCGUAAACCGACCGAUCUCCAUUGGUCAACAAUAAUGUGGGGAAGAAGUUUAAAAUUUCUGGGUGCAGUCAAAGGAAUUAUUGUCAGGCCAAAUACAAUCUUCAAAGAGAAUUAGCACUAGCUGAAAUUAGAGAUACUGACAUUUUAUCCAAGUAUUGUCAGUGAAAGUAUGUUGUCUUAAAUUUGAAUUUUUAAAUACUGAACUUUUAUUUUUCUUGACACUUCUCUCUUCCCCCUCCACUUGUGUUGUAUAAGCUAUCUGUUUGGUUUCAGAAUAUCUCAGCCUCCAAGUAGAAAGCACUUUAAAAUGUUAUAACUGAGCAUUAGAAAUUUAAUCUGUACUUUGUUAUUCUCUGCAAUAAAAACUGCAUUUUAAAAAGCA